UUUACUUACUGCUUAUUUCUUACUACUACUCCUACUGCCAUUGUAGAAGACGCUUUACGGAAAGUGUGUGUGAAGGUCUUAACCGCCGUUACGUUGAGAAGUGUUCGAACACGUUCGGACCUGAUUGUUUUGGAAUUCGUACCUCGUACCUUGGAUGAAAAGACAGUAGAGAUAAGUCUGAGUCCAAGUAAAAUAAUAAGAGACAAGAAUAUUGAAUUGGUUUAGACCAUGUCAUAAUCUUGUUGGAGUUUGGUGCGUUGUAUAGUACUUAUUGGAUUAUUUAUUCACAAUAUAUUGCGUACAGACAAUCUCUUGAACCACGUAAUCGAGAAUAAUUUUCGACACUAUGUUAUUAACGAACGUGUUACUGAAGCCUAAGAGCAAAAAUAUCAUGGUCAUAGCAGAAAGUGUUGUAACUGGUCACAAGAUAAUACGUAUACGAGAGAGGAUAGCUGAUAAACUUGAAUUCUUACACUUUGAUCCUUACAAGGAUACGAUGCAUAUUGGAUUUAAUUUUUUUUUAUAGUUCAACACCAAGUUCUUUAUACAGAACUAAAGAAAGUACGUAGCAUGAAGUAGUAUGUACAUCUAAUUUUUACUAUAACAUAAGCAAAAUAUAAGAGAUAAAAACACAAGAUGGACUAAGAAUGCUUACACAGCUUGAAAUAUAGAGCAACACAACUUUUAUCCUGAAUAACACACAAUUAAAAAAAAUUUUAUUUAAUCACAAAUAAAAUUUUAUUUAAUCCAAAAUUAAACUGUACUAAUGAAAACUAAACAUUUGAACAGAGUGAAAAUAAACAUUAAAAAAGUUUCGAGAUACAAAUCAGAUAUCAUUAUUAUUUAUGUCUUAUCAUACUGAAUAUUGUAUAUAAAUUAUAUUAGUAUUUAAUAAAAUGUGUUAAUCAUA